AUGAAGUUUUUCCGGGUUCUUAUUUUUAUUGUAUUUAAUUUCCUCGACUUAGAUUAUUGCAAUCAAUUUGAUUACAGUUAUUACGAAGAUGUGGCAGUUAACUCGCACGUUUUGUCUGAUAUUGUGAAUGAAUUUAUAUUCAAAGAAAACAUCAAGUUCGAUAUACUCUUCUUUAAUCAUAUAUCGCAGCUUCAAAAAGACAUCCUAACAGAUUUUAUGUCAAAAAUCAAUGGAAACUUAAGUUAUCAAGUAAAGUCGUACAAUCUUGUUGCAAGGCAUGUACGAUUACUUCACGGAUCAAACAUAUUUGCAAUAAAAUCACUCGAUGACUUUGCAUACAUUGAAUCAUUUCUCAAAAUUAUUCGAUAUCAAAAUCAGCCAAUUAAGUACUUCAUUCUUGUUCCAAACUUGACAUUUAAAGAGUUACAGAUGUCGAACAUUUACAAAACAUAUCAAAGCUUGACAGUUCACUCUAACUCGGCAUUUCAUUAUUCCUACUUUAUUACAAAUGAGAUGGAUACAGUUACACUUUCGACAGUUGAAUGGUUUAGUCCUCACGGAUGUAAUAUUCCAUAUCUAAGCAUAAUUAACAAUUACAAUAAGAAGUCUAGAACAUGGUCCUCAAAACUGAAGAAUUAUGAAAAAUUCUUGAACUAUCAUGGAUGUGAAUUGGUUAUGAUGCUCCCAACUAUGAAAAAUGACAGAACAAUUGAGAAUGUUUGUGGAUUUUCUGUUGUAAAUGAUGAUAAAACUGAUUUUGAUAUUAUUGGCAUAACCCCAGCUAUAUUUGGGAUUUCUUCCAAAUUUUACAACUAUAAUCCUACAUUUCAGCCAGUUAGAAUAGAUUACCAUUGGUUUGAAUCGAUCAAACCACGACGUGGGAAGAUAAUAGAAAUAAAUGGCACAUCAAUAGUUCCUGACGUUUAUUUUCAAAUCCAAAGCUUGCAUAUCUCAAAUUCUUUAACAACACGAACAUCCCACGUCAUUGAAAACCUAAAUGCUCGCAUGUUUGUAACUCCAGCCGAAAAAUAUACAGCAUAUGAGAAGUUUUUCUUACCAUUUGACUUGGAAACUUGGAUAUUUCUGACAAUUACAUUCUUUUCAACAUUUUUGUUAAUUUUCAUCGUUAACCGAUUAUCAAAAUCAGCUCGAAGUCUUGUUUAUGGACAUAAAGUUGAAACGCCUAUUUGGAAUGUCAUAAGAAUAUUUUUUGGAAUUUCCCAGACGAAGUUGCCAAGUCAGAACUUUCCAAGAUUUAUUUUAAUCAUGUUCAUCUCCUUCUGCUUGAUAUUUCGAACAUGCUUUCAAAGUAAAUUCUUUGAAUUCAUGACAAGUGAGCCGAGACGAGACCCACCAAGGACAAUCGAAGAUGUUAUUGAAAGAAACUAUUCUGUAGUGUCUACAAAAGGAUUUCAUGCAUUUUCAAGCCGUAUAGAUCAAUUAUGGCAAUGGCAAAACAUCACCCAAAUCUCACUGUUUGACUUCAAGAAAGCAUUUUUGACACAAUCACAGAAUGUGACAGCCAAGCUUGCUCUUUGUGUCGAUGAGUUUAAUCUUAAUUUUAUUGAAUCGGAAAUAAAAAGAAAUAAUGAUUGGAAUCAACUGGACGACAGUGUUCUUUAUACACAUCAGGAAGUUUUCAUGUUCUGGAGUCACAGCUACUACUUUAGAAUGUAUAAAAUGCUAAUUGAUAGUCUCAUACCAACUGGAAUCAUGAAAUAUUUGGUCGAUACUUAUUACACUAAAAAGUUACAAUUUGAAAAAUUUGACGAAGGUCCGAAAGUUUUGAGCGUUGAUGAUCUUCUUUUUGGCUUUAAAAUUUGGCUUGGAUGUUGUUUGAUUUCAGUUUUGUCAUUUGUAGCUGAAAUUUUAUAUCAAAUUAUUUUAAAACCUAGAAAAAUAGAGUUUUAUAAGGUUCAUCCAAUAGAACUUCAGCUGAUGCAAACAGAAUUAAAUGCAGAAUUGAGGGGAAAAUUUAAAGUUAAAUCUGCAAAUUCUUUAAUUCCAUUUAGUGGAGCAGUUUUUGAGUCAGACUAA